GUUGAAUUUGAUUUUGAAUUUUCUGAGCAAGUUUCACAGAACCAAUUAUAAUUGAUUAAUAAAUACUCGACCCUUUUGUAUUCUUCCAAGUAUUUCUCAGUUCUCCCUCGCAGCCACUCUCUUCAUUUUCAUGAAAUUAUACUUGUGAAUUUUAAUCGUAUUCAACACCCAUUUUUCGAUCUGGAAGCCCUAAAUACAGAAACCUAGAUGUUCUCUUGAAAUACAUGGUUCAGGAUAAAGACACUUCUUGAGUGAUCAUCUCUAUUCAUCUCCUUUAGUGUUAUCAUGAACAUAUUUAGUUGUGGAAAUAACACAUUUAAGCAGUGGAAUGAAUGUGCUGAAAACUGACUCGUUCUGGUGCAGAGGGUGGAAUCCAGAUGUUAUAGAUCUCUUUGCUUUAUGAGGGGUUAGAUGAGUAGGACAACUACAAUGGAAUCCUGCGGAGGAGGUAACAGUUCUAGCUCGGCUGCAAGGCAGCGGUUACGCUGGACAAAUGAGCUACACGAGCGCUUUGUGGAUGCUGUGGCCCAGCUUGGUGGGCCAGAUAGGGCAACUCCUAAAGGCGUUCUUAGAGUGAUGGGUGUACAAGGUUUGACUAUAUACCAUGUCAAAAGCCACUUACAAAAAUACCGGCUUGCUAAAUGCCUUCCUGAUUCUACAUCUGAUGGGCAAAGUGUUGAGAGAAAAGAAUCAGGAGACGUGUUAUCGAGCUCGGAGGGUUCUUCUGGAAUGCAGAUUACGGAAGCACUGAAGCUGCAGAUGGAGGUACAGAAGCGUCUGCAUGAACAACUGGAGGUACAAAGGCAGCUUCAGUUAAGGAUUGAAGCGCAAGGGAAGUACCUUAAGAAAAUAAUUGAAGAGCAGCAGCGCCUUGGUGGUGCUCUUGCCGAAGAGCCCAGCUCAGUAAUCCCGACUCCUGCCUCAGCUGAAAACUUCCAGGAAUCUGAGGACAAGACGGACCCAUCAACUCCUGGUCCAACUUCUGAGUCCCCCAUCCAGACCAAAGUUGUCCAAGAAAAUGUUCCAAAUCAUCCCAAGAGUCUCACUUGCAAUGAAUCUUCAUUUUCCCGCCACGAGCCACUGACACCAGAUUCUGGUUGUCGCUUUGGUUCCCCAGUUGAGAGCCCAAAAGGUCAGAGGUGGUUCGACAAUCUGGGACCACAGAUAACAGGCCCUGCAGAUAGAAAACCGGAGAUGUUUCUAACACAUCAGAUACUGGAAUCGAGUUCGAAUUCAAGCUAUCAGCAACCUUGCUCAGUAUUUCCAGAUGAGGGAACAUUCUUAUCUCUAGGCAAGGAGUUUAAUCAGUGAAAAGGAUCAGGUUGACGAUGUUUCAGGCUGUUAAAUGGUAAUUAAGUUUUUUUCACUUUCGUAUAUUUUAUAUUUUUGAUGUAUUUAACUUCAGUCCUCGGAUUUUAAAUUAGAAGUUGAGAAUGUAAUUUAUCUCUGUUACAUGCUCCUCUGGUCAUGUGGUGGUCUCUAUAGUCUAUUAGGGGUGGUGGGGUCGAGUUUUCUUUUGUCGAAGGAUCACCAAGCUGUUAUCUCAUCUUCUUGUUGCCCCACAUACUAAGCAUGUAAGCAAGUUUGAAUUUUGUACUUUGUGUUCAAAAAGGACACUUACGAU